ACCAUACCCCUCGAAAUCUUCACGAGUCCGCGCCUUCAUUACUUGCAUCAACUCGCUGGCGAUAGGCGGACAAAUUGUCAGACCCGAUCAUGCCCCAAACCGUCGCAGACCGACAGCCUGUGGGCGACAACAUGUCUCUGCGCGACAUACAAAGAUCGAUGAAGAAAGAUCCAGACGGACAUGGCAUAAGUUCAUUGGGCUACGAUGGUGUGCUUCGCACUUUUGACAACGAACGGAAUAUUCUUGAUGCAGUUGGCCUCAACCCAACCCAGAGCAGAGAAUAUUACGAUGGUCGACCGAUGCCCGAGAGAUUGCUCACCGCCGACGGCCGCAACAUAUCCCAUUGGGAUAUGUUCCACCCCGAUGAGGAGAAUAUUCCCAGGAAGUUUACAGAAGAGGAUAGAGCCAAAAUUCAAGCAUAUAACGAAGAUUUGGAAAGGCGCGGAGUGACAUGCUGUGUUCCGAGCAAGUCAGCAGACGACGGUGAAUCCGAGGACUAGAUGGUUCCUUUUUGCUCUGUAUCGUUGCGGAAUGCUCAUUGUUCUAUCCCUUGUCGCACUCUUUUCUGUGUUAUCUCAUAACUCAAUAUGGAAUAGUACGAUAGAAUAGUAUUAUUAUUAUUAUAUGUAUAGCUAUCCCUACACCCCUAAUAUAGAUUGAAGCUCUGCU